ACGUUCUACCUCCAAGGACCAAAGGAAGCUUCAGCAGACGGUCUUUUUGUUCGGUUCUGUGAAGUUCUGCAGGUUCCACAGGACGACAACAACGUCCAAGAACCCAGAGGUUCAAACCCAACAACAGCAUGGCUUUGGUGGGAAAAGUCUGGAUUUUCCCUUUACUGUGUUUGGCCGUAGUUGGAAUUAUUAUCCAUGCAUCAUGGCAAGACCUGUCCAGCAGCAUCAGGUGGACCGCUGUGGUUCGGAUCAGGGACAUCGGUGAGACCCCAGGACCAGGACUCGGACUCAGAGCUACAGCGUCUGUCCCAGAGACGCCCAUUCCUGUCAUGUACAAAAAAAAUUUCACCAAACUUCCACAGUGGGAUUUUGAGGAAGUUUAUAACGUGGAUGAGUCACCCAGAAAGACGACAUGUCAGCAUAGUUUGUGGAAGUCUGUGGAAACCGACCCGAACUACAGGACAGCCUUUAUUCCCAACAUACGACUGUUUAUGGAAAAAAACAGCAUCAACAUGAGCGAGUGGAACCGACUGUCUCACUUUAACAACCCCUUUGGAUUCAUGGAGUACCACUAUGACGACGUAAUGGCAGCUCUAAAACUGAUCCCCAGACCCACAGAACCACUGAUCCUCCAGAAAACAGGAGGAGACGGCUGUGUGCGCUGUGCUGUGGUGGGAACAGGAGGAAUCCUAAAUGGAUCUAAAAUGGGAAAAGAGAUCGACGCACACGAUUAUGUGUUUCGGAUGAAUGCAGCUGCCAUUGAUGGUUUUGAGGAAGACGUAGGAAACAAAACCUCUGUGUACGUUCACACAGCACACUCCAUCACUGCAUCAACGAUCUUUUACAAAAAGUUUGGAUACAAAGGUGCCCCUCAUGAUAAGGGUAUAAAGUAUGUGCUGAUUCCUGAGGGCAUGAGGGAUUUUCAGUGGCUCACCAGUCUGGUUAAAGGAGAAAGAGUUUCUGUGGGCCAGUAUCGGGGUUGGCGUCCAGGGCCCUACUACGGUGGACAGUUCAAUGAGAGCCGCUUCUACGUGGUGCACCAGGACUUUCUCAGAUAUGUGCGGAACAGGUUCCUAAAGUCCCGUGUUCUGAGCUCCGCCCACUGGGCCAUGGUCCGGCCCACCAAUGGGGCGUUCACUCUGUUCCUGGCUCUACACACCUGUGACACGGUGGAUGCGUACGGCUUCAUGACAGAAAACCACAGAGACUUCUCCAACUACUACUUUGAGAAGGCCGUUAAAACCAGAGUCAUUUUCUACACAAACCACGACUACAAUCUGGAAAAGGACACGUGGAAAAAACUGCACGACUCUAAAAUAAUCAAACUGUAUCAAAGAAACAGCUCUAUACCUGCGACAGAAAAGCCGAAGGAGCCCUGACCCGGGAGGGGGGGGUCAGUCCCUUUUUCCACUCCAAGAACUAUCACUUAACCGGGGAAUAUGAAGAAGCAUUUACACCCAAAUUACCUGGGUGACAAACUUGCCUUGACCUCAGAUUUGCCCUGAAAAAUGUUCCUGCUAAGGUGGUUGGGACUUUUCAGAUUCCCUGUAAUUCUUGGGGGUGGGGCUGUGUGUUGAGGGAUGUGGAUUGGUGGAAGGUUCAAGGCUUAAGGUUACUUAAUUUAUACUCGAGUGACUACAUUUGGCAUUACAACAGAACACACACUGAACCUGUUCGGCAGGUACUUGACCUAGUGUCGGGACAAAAAACGCUCAGUGUUCCGGCAUUCAACUGCACAGCAGCAUGGAUAAGUAGAAGAAGAAAACUAGAAGAGCACAGUGCAGACCUCCGCCAAGGCAGCUCAGUCUCCAAUGCUGUGAUCUACUAAAAAUAAUACCUGGACUUUGGACUUAGACCCUUAGCAUUGAUAUUAUCAUCUUUUUUUUAUUGUGUUUUCCUUUAUUUCAUGUGUUUUGCCAAGAUAUAAAAAUAUGAAAUGUAUUAGUUGAAUGAAAAUUCCAAAACUCCAUGAUUUUUUCCU